UUCGGGCGGCAAUACCGAAGAUGUCGUCCAACUCCUUGUAAAGCCAAACCACUCUCCCUUCGCAUCUCCACCGCUGCUUCCUUUGGGAGAAUUCUUAUUUUAUUUUCCGAAAUGAUUCACCACUCCACCAUUCCAAAACCCUCCUUCCCUGCUUCAAUUCCUAUCCACAAGCGCCCUUUUCCCGUCCGAAUCCGAUGCGAAUCCGCCGAUCUGUCGCGUCGGACCAAUGCGAAGUUGCCGGCCGCGGCGGCGGAGGAUUCGGCGAAGAAUCCGAUCGAGCUGGAGAAGAGUGCGCCUUACCCUGGAGGAAGGCCGAAGAUGGGGCCCUUCACGGGAAGAGACCCCAACGUCAAGAAACCUUCUUGGUUGAGGCAGAAGGCGCCGCAGGGGGAGAGGUUUCUGGAGGUCAAGGGCUCCCUCUCUCGCCUCAAUCUCCACACCGUCUGCGAGGAAGCUCAGUGCCCCAACAUCGGCGAGUGUUGGAAUGGUGGAGGUGAUGGUAUAGCUACUGCGACCAUCAUGGUUCUGGGUGAUACUUGUACCCGUGGCUGUAGAUUUUGUGCGGUUAAAACCAGUACAAAUCCUGCUCCUCCUGACCCGGACGAGCCAGAGAACACGGCCAAGGCAAUUGUGAGCUGGGGUGUAGAAUACAUAGUUAUCACAAGUGUAGAUCGUGAUGAUCUACCCGAUGGCGGGAGCGGACAUUUUGCACAGACUGUCAAAGCUAUGAAGAGGCUCAAGCCAGAUAUAAUGGUAGAGUGCUUAACUUCUGAUUUCCGUGGAGACUUUGAGGCUGUGGACACUCUCGUGCACUCUGGGUUGGAUGUUUUUGCUCACAACAUCGAGACUGUGAAAAGGCUUCAGAGAAUUGUGAGGGAUCCUAGGGCCGGGUACGAACAGAGCUUAUCGGUUCUGAAACAUGCAAAGAUUAGCAAGCCCGGAAUGAUCACCAAAACAUCGAUAAUGCUGGGUCUGGGCGAAACAGAUGAUGAGUUGAAGGAAGCAAUGGCUGAUUUAAGGGCUAUAGAUGUUGAUAUUCUAACCCUUGGACAGUAUUUACAGCCAACUCCCUUGCAUCUGACUGUAAAAGAGUAUGUCUCGCCGGAGAAAUUUGAAUACUGGAAAGAGUACGGGGAAUCAAUAGGGUUUCGAUAUGUUGCAAGCGGGCCAUUGGUAAGGUCCUCAUACAGAGCAGGAGAGCUGUUUGUGAAGACAAUGGUGAAAGAAAGAGCCAAGGACAGCAUCACCACAGUGUAAGCCAAAGCUACAAUGGUCACAUUCAUUUGGGUCAGCAGCAUCCAUCCCCACAUAUAAAAACUCUUGCUCUAUUGUGGGAGAAGAUAAAAAUACCCCUUUUUUUAACUUUUUUUUAACUCGUUAGUGAUUUUUAAAAUUUUAAAUACUAUUAUCCCAAAUGGACCAGCUUUGAAGGCAAUAAGUAAAAUAGAUACAUAUGUUUGUUAAUUAAUCAUUGUAAUUGUUA